AGAGCGACAACUUGAAGCUGCCUUGCAACACUAUCCCACGACCAUCACUCCAUUCCCCUGGACACCCCAAUGUGUCAGAGUCGAGAUUCGAGAAGCCACUGGCUGAAACCCGAGGUCGUUCCAUGCAACUGAGGAGGUCGCCUUUUGCCACAAGAAAGAACUUGCUUGUAUUACAAACGCAAGGAACGCUGACCGACGCGGAGAUGUGAAGAACCCUCACGAUUUUGCCGGUCGCCGAUGCUGCGCAUAUACCAACAUCAUGAUGUUUUUAGCUGACAGCUAAAAACGCCUCGGCGACGACCUUUUUGUGCAUUUUUUUGCUGAGUGCCCUACGUUCAAAUACAGGCCCUUUCUAAGCAACUAAUCUCGACUGAUUCUGGUGUGACAUCAUCAAGCAGCCCUACUAGUAUACGCCAAGACAUCGACACAGCACGGAGAACGUUCCCGCCGCAAAGAAGUCGACGCCGAUCGCGCUAGCCGACAUGGCAUCAUCAACGGCUCGGCAAGCGGGGCCGCUUUGGAACGCAACGGAGGACGUGGUUCUCCUCACACACGUGGCACGACAUGGCACCAGCCAAUGGGGAGUCCUCCAGUCCUCCGGUCUUCUGCCGCGCCGCGAUAACAAGGCGUGUUGCAACCGAUUUAUCAUCAUAAAGAGGAACUACCAGCAGAAACGGAUAAAGAGCCCCCAGGUCGUGAAGGCAUUCAUGGUUGCACUUAGGAACAACAACGGAAACAAGACGUUCUCUGCUCCCUCACUACCUGGAUCUGGGCCAGCGCCCACACUGACACCUGAACCAGCAUCAGCAUCAGCACCAGCACCAGCAUUGGUACCAGCAUUGGCACCAGCACUGACACCUAAACCCGCAUCAGCAUCAGCAUCAGCAUCAGCAGCACCAUCAGCGCCAGCGCCAGCGCCAGCACCAGCACCAGCACCAGCACCAGCACCAGCACCAGCACCAGCACCAACAUUGGCACCAGCACCAGCACCAUCACCCGGAAGAGUAUCUUCAGGAUCUCAAUCCGAGUUCAAACAAAUUAUGACGGAAGGCAACACAAGCAAGAGGCAGGGAGCCAUGUUUCAAAGCCCAGCACGCUGCAUGAGUGCAUCAGUCUGCUAUACCGAGGCUACCAUGCAAAGCAACUCAGACAGCAAGGGUCAAGAUGGCAGCAGAGGUGAUACCAGAGCUGAUAGCGGAGGUGGCAACAGCCUGUGGCUUGAAGGAGUCUGCGCUGCGAAGGAGAAUGCCGGGUGUCUGGAAACGAUGCAAAGCGACUCACGAGGCUCGGGUGAAGAUGACAGCAGAGGUGACACCAGCUGGUGGUUUCGAGGAGUCUGCGCUGCAAAGGACAAUGCUGGGUGUUCGGAAAUGGGCCAUUUCUCGCAAACAUUGGGCAUCGAGCAGUAUGCGAGAGGCAUCAAUGACUUCUCUGCUUGCUCCAUACCUGCAGCAUCCGUGCAUGCAGCAACGCUACCAGCAGCAUCAGCAGGAGCAGGAAAUGUGGACUUUCUCCCUCUGGAAAGGCCCUACUUAGAUCCGCAAGAUCUGCAGGGCAGUGAGGGGAACUCAUUGCCGUCAGCCAGGGCCAAGGUGUACAAGACAAGAAAAACCGAAAUGGCGACUGCAGAAAUGGCUAGACCAACAACAGCUACGCCCGUGAACUCAGAAGUGGCUGCAACGACAACUGCUACGCCGGUUGUGUCUGGAAGCUGGCUUAAGGAAGCAGACGGCCAACCCCCAUGGUCCCCUUUCACUGGCCUGCCUUGGUGCGAGGGUGGCUGCCUGCACCGCUGCCAGAGCUGCCAGUCAGCUCAACCCAACCUCGUGGGACUGAGGCCAGACGCCCUGCUGGACGCCCUCUCAAGCGGACCCCUCUCCAUGGUUUUCUUUGGCUUUUGAGAGCGCACAGGAUGUAGUACAUAACACAUGGUCCCCAUGAGCUCUAGCAUAUAUGUUAUGCUAACUUACGGUAUAUGUACAGUUAUGUACAGUUGCUUGCACACCUUGUGCAAUCAUUAGAAGCUGGCCAGUUUCUUAGAGUGUUCCUACAAACCUCUUCCCAGGCAGCAUCUUCCCAGACUCGCGCUACAGUGCCGUGAAUUUUGAUGCAAAACUGUUCAGAGCGGUUCCGCGUGGUGCGACGAGAGGUUGGGCUUGCCGAGGUUCACGGGCGUGUUUUUUAGCCUCUUUCCAGGCGAAUAUAUUUUCUGACACAUGCGAGUUUGUUCAGUGCUUUUUCGACUCGAGCUGUUUUUAUGUGUU